CUUAAAAAUACUUCUUCAAUUUCGUGCAAAAGUGCUCCAAUUUUUCUAAAGGAGCACAAGAAAGUUAAACCCUAAGCCCUUAGAAAGCUUACUGAACUACGCCAACGCCAUUCACUCGUAUCACCGGAUUGCGAUAUCGGAGACGCCAUGUCCACUUCCUCUUCCGCAUCGGAUUCGGAGACCGAGGCAAUGGAUCUCGAGAAAGUUCCAGUUUGGGAUUUGCCUGAUGUGCCACAGGGGCAGCUACCUCCUCAUAUUGAGCUCCAGCGUACUCGCGUUCUCUGCACUUAUUUAGCUCCCACUAAUACGGAGAAAAUUAAAUAUGGAGGUGCCUUUGCGUCAGUGGGUGUUGAUAACAGCUUGAGGUCCGAUCAAUUCAGGAAAAAUUUUAGGGUGGAAAUUAUAAGGCUCAAUGAAGAAGAGAUUGAGUUUGACAUGGUUGGUAUUGAUGCAGCAGUUGCCAAUGCAUUCCGUAGAAUACUUAUAGCGGAGGUCCCAACUAUGGCUAUUGAAAAAGUUCUAAUCGCAAACAACACAUCUAUAGUCCAAGACGAGGUGCUUUCACAUCGACUUGGUCUGAUCCCUCUCAAAGUUGACCCAAGACUAUUUGAGUAUUUAUCAGAGAAUGAUGUUCCAAAUGAGAAGAAUACAAUUGUUUUUCGUCUCCAUGUUCGCUGUGAGAAAGCUAAACAGCAGAGAAUAUCAGUAAAGUCAGAAGACCUGAAGUGGUUACCUAAUGGCAGUGAAUUUCAAUUGGCCACAGAAAAGUCAGUUUCUAGUUCAGCAUCAAAGCCUAAAACAUAUACUUCAUUCAGUUGUAGUCAAGAUUCACUACCAGAGUUCGCUAACACUCCGAUUUCUCUCCAACAUCAUGAUAUUACAAUAGCUAGGCUUGGGCCUGGGCAGGAAAUUGAACUAGAAGCACAUGCUGUUAAAGGCAUUGGCAAGACACAUGCAAAGUGGUCACCUGUGGCCACUGCUUGGUACAGGAUGCUUCCCGAGGUUGUAUUGUUAAGAGAAAUUAAAGGUGCUGAAGCAGAAGAACUUGUGAAGAAAUGUCCUGUUAAAGUUUUUGACAUAGAAGAUCUUGGUAAAGGUAAGAAGAGGGCGACCGUGGCAAGACCAAGGGUUUGUACCCUUUGUAGGGAGUGCAUUAGGGAGGAAGGCUGGGAAAAUAAUGUGGCUUUACGCCGUGUAAAAGAUCACUUCAUCUUUACGAUCGAGUCAACCGGAGCACUACCUCCUGAAGUGCUGUUCACUGAAGCAGUAAAGAUUUUGGAAGACAAAUGUGAGAAUGUGAUAACAGCGCUUUCUUGAUCCUCCUCCAAAUGGUAAUAAUAAGAGGCUUAAGAGCCAUCUUGAUCAGUUCUGGAGAAGUACUCAUCAUUCCAUGCUUUGAAGGGGAAUCCACUAUGGGCUUUUCAGGAUAUAAUUUCCUGUUUGAGAUGUAUAAUUAGCCAGCUCCACCUUCACAAUUUAAUGGUUAUUUACCUUGUUUUCAGUUGUUAGAAUGUAUCUUAAGUUAAAAAUGAAUCAAAUUUUGGCUGCUAGAAAGGGGUUAACGCCACCUCAUAGUGAGACAAAUUGAUUUUUUCCUUGAAAGCCGGUCAUGCCCAUUUCCAAAAGAAUUUGCCACAAAAAUGACUUAUUGAACCAAUACGUUAUAUGUAGAAUCUAUUUACUGUAUAAUAAGAAAAUGAUAUAAUUAUAGC